AUGAAAGACUCCACCUUGUGCAUCCUUGGCUGCGGCAACCUCGGAACACCCAUAUUGAAGAGUUUGAUUGAGGCACCAGAAGGUUCUGGAGUUCCCUUCACCCAUUUCAUAGCCUGCGUGCACAGUGCCGCAUCGGAAGAACGUUUAGCAAAGCGCUUCCCCAAGGAGAAAGAGUCUGGAAAACUAGUCAUUUCACGGGGUCAAAACGCCAAAGCAGUCUCAGAUGCCGCCGUCGUAAUUUUAGGCGUGGACCCGGCGGAUGUUGAAGCGACGCUGAAGGGUGACGGCCUCGCGGCGGCUCUCAAAGGAAAACUCCUCAUCAGCAUAUGCGCAGGUUGGGCGCGCAAGAGUCUGGAAAGGAUCAUCUCCUCCGGCCAAGCCUCUCCCAGCAAAGAAGAGCGAACAUGGGUUCUCGUUACUCUGCCUAACGUCGCGGCGCAGGUGUCCCAAUCGAUUACCGCAAUUGAAGACCCAGAUCCAGAAACCCCCCACAAGCACGUCAAGACAUGCGAGGCCAUAUUCAACCAGAUCGGACGCACAGUGCAACUCGCGCCAAAACUCAUGCCCGCGGCAUCUGUGCUCGGCGGUGCAACACCCGCCAUGUGGGCCAUUAUCUGUGACGCCUUCAUCGAUGCGUCUGUCGCUAUAGGCGUCCCCAGGAAAUCUGCACAGGAGAUGAUCUACCAGAGUAUGCGGGGCUCGGCGGCAAUGCUACAAAGCGGAAUCCAGCCGGGAGAGCUGCGAGAUAUGGGAACGAGCCCUGAGGGGUGCACGAUUGGCGGCAUUAUGGUUAUGGAGGAGAUGGGUGUGAGAGGAGCAUUGGGGAAGGCGCUGCGGGAGUCUGUGACACUUGCACGGCUGAUGGGAAGCGAGAGGGAUGACUUGCAUGUUAAUGAUACGAGGGACAAUACGGGGAAGCAUUAA